CCGCUGACGUGCAAGAGUCAGAACAUUUAUCAUAUUUUAUUGUAUGUAGUAAUCUAUGUCUUGUACGUAGCUCGUUCAUUUCGAAUGAGAAAACGCGAGAUAAGCCGCUAAAGUUAAGCUAUAGCGCGAACAGCACUGAAACAUAAAAUGGCUCCGGAACGUUCGAAAGAUCUGUUGGCUUUAGAACAUCGAUCAAAGGAAAGGCACCUCGAAAGGUUAUUGGCCAGUCAAACUAAGCCAAACAUCGAACGACUUCACUCGACUGUUCUUCAGGAUGCGCAACGCUUUCUACCGUUAAUGCAAAGGGCUAACGAAACUUUGAUGCAACGGAUAAGACCCGUUCAGGCUGAGACAUCUAAUCUAGUAGAAGACACCACGGGUCCCUCUAUCCGGACAUUUGACAAUGAGAAUACUUCCCAAAACGAGGCGUGUUUUGAACUUGAUGAAAACCAUGUAGGAAUUGCUAUUGAAAUGAACCUCAUAUUAGCGCCCGAAGAUCAAAUUAAGGUGAUCACUAAUAUGGAAGCGGUCGUUCGAGCAUCUCAGCCAGAUACUAUUAGUGAUUCUGAUAAUGCCUCGAUUACAGAGGACAGCGAACCAGAUUCGAGCUCCGAUAACGACGAUGACCUUAUUAAAUAUGAAAAAAUAGACGUUGUCCAGACUAUCCAACAGUUAACAAGUGACACGGCUGAUAACGAAACUGUAUCGAAACAAACCAACAAAACACAAAAUAAUGGAAUAUUCCGACAACUCUCCACUGCAACAGUUACCUAACGGAAGAACAUUUAUUUCUAUGAGCAAAAGGCUAACGUAGUUAAAUCUCAAUCGUUGAUAACAGCUUUUCCUUGACAUAGGCCUUGAACCUACGUGUCACUAGUUAACAAAUUUAUGUAAUUCUGCCAUUUAUCGCGAGUAGCGCAUAUAUACGUAGAUAAUUUUAUCACGCAGGGCACCCACGUUUCACACACACACACUAAUUAUUAAUCAGUUCAAGUGAAUUCUAGUUAACUAGGUCAUGUUUGGUAUUUUUGUAUAUUCAAUUGCUAACCUGCGUCCUCGUAUGGUAGCUACGUACAAUAUAUAGAAAAUAGUUCAUUAGUUCUGUCAUUCAUCAAGCGACUGCGGUACUUAGGUUGAUUUGUUCUAUGCUGUCAUGCUAAAUAUUUUACUAAUGUUUAAACAAAACUGAAAGCUGACGAAGAAAUCAACCUCGAAUGUGCCAUCUUAUAAUAAUCGACGUUUAUUAAAUACGACCUAUUCAGGGAAAUGUCAAAACUGCUUCUCGGCUCCAAGACAAGUAUGCGAAGACACUAAUUAAAGAAUAAACUAUUAUAUUUCUUUUGACAAGAACAAUUGUGAGAUUAAUGAAGAAGUCAUCAGUUGAAAUGAGUAAAGUUCGAUUGUUAGUGAGUUUGAUCCAGGGGCAGGCUUUCUCUGACCCUACGUAGUACGUUGGCAUGGCAAAGAGUUAGUUACACACUACAAUUUUCCAAAAAUCGUUGUUUGUGUUGUAUAUACGUAUGUUGUAUAUAUAAACUGUAGUGUAUAUAAAUCACCACAAAAAUUUAAACUUUCGUUUGAUACCAAUGUUCACCUUGUUUUUUUGACAAAGAAUAAAGAACAAUAAUCUUACAACAUAGUAACUCCUUGUUAGGUGAAGACAUAUAUAUAUAUAUAUAUAUAUAUAUAUAUAUAUAUAUGCAAAUAAAGAGAAAUAAGUUUUGCAGCUUAAAGAUGUUUUUGGCAUUGUCGUUAAGCAUUGCUUCAUACAGCUGGCUACCAGCAACUGUCUACACCAGGUUUCAAACCAUCGGCCAUACCACGUUGAAUUCGUUGAUCCUCGUCAGGUCAGCGUCAAACCUAGAUUUAUGCUCAGUUUUUAAUUUACUUUUUGGGCUAUCCGAAGAUGUGACUGAUGGCCACUGCCAGCGCCAGCGCCAGCGCGCAUCUGAUUCAAAGCGGACGAAAACGCAGCACACUGUUGCACUCGGAAUUGCUGCUUUCAAAACACAAACAAAUAUGUGCAACGUUGACGUAGCCCGAAACACCCUGAGUUGAUAAACCGAAAUGUUCGAAAAGCGGUGGUGUGUGUUCAGUUCUGUUUCCCUAUAGAAACCAUUGUAUGUGUAAUUCAGAACAACGAAGUUUCGCGGCAGCGUUGCUGUUUCUAACUUGCGUCCGUGACGUUUUGCAGUUCAAGAUACUGUUGACAAUGUCAACUGAAGUUGAUAAGACCCUGGAGGAGCGAGACAUUCUUUAUGAACUGUUCAUAUAUUCUGAGUGGGUUCAGGAGCCUGAACUUGUGACAAAAUUCGGAUAUGGUGAUGACUCGUUAAGGAGACGCAGCCGUGGUUCCGGUUUGAUUAGUUGGUUCACGCCAACAUCGUCCGUGUGUCCACCAAUUCUCUGGCACAGAUCCUCAUUUCCCCCCUGGCAGCUAAGUCUAUCAGCAGACCAUCGGCUCUGUGCCAUUCUCAAGCAUAAUGAGACAGUCGAAAUUCGUAGCAGUGGCAAAGAGAGAGCCGCUUUUAGCUUUGUCGUGGCUACCUGCCACUUAACCCCAGAAGCGGAGACACACUUCCGUUGUUUGUCAUGGUCUCCUGACUCAUCACUAUUAGCUGUUGGCUCGCCCUCCGGACGAGUUGAAAUGUUUGAUCUAGCGGGAGGGUUACAGUAUAGUCUAGAAAAUGACAAUCCACUGGCCGCGUUAGAAGGUGCGGCCGGAGGUCAUGCACUUGUUGACAUGCUCUGGACCCGGACAGAUAACACUAAACGGACCCAAUGGUCGUACGAGCUUGUUCUGGUCUCUUAUAAUGGCCAGGUUCGUAGCUACCUCGUAAACAGCGAAUCAUAUUCACCGGCGUUUACCCUCGACAUCCCUUUAAGAAAUGGAUCAUCUAUUGGCUCCGUCGUUUAUCAUCCAGGGUACUCCUUACUGUUGAUCGGUGAAGGUAGUCUACGACAGAUGGACCAUGCAGAUGUAAACGAUCCGACAUUGGUAGCUGAGGAAGCAGGCCUGAGUGCCUGGAAAUUUUUAUCUGAGAAGCCCUAUCUGGAAAAGCUUGCUACGAUAUAUCAGGACACCACACGAGGUGGUAUCUUUUCGUCGAUGCUUACAUAUUUUCGAGUCGGUUGCGAAGACGCUGUGCUCUGCCUGGCUGUUUCACCAUCGGGCAAACAACUACUCUGUCUUCACUCGUCAAGCACCAUUUCACUCUGGUCGCUGCCUGGCCUUAUUCUCACCCGGGUGUGGCAGUCGUUUGAGCUGCCAGCUUUUGAAACUACGAACCCGUACCUGCCAGAUAGCGAAUGUCAGUUACACCAGAAGACGCGUGGAUUUUGGGACGUAAUAACCGUCCAAUGGUGGAACGAACAAACUAUUGUUAUAGUGAGAAGGGCUGGGUCAAUAUGCGUCAUGUCAUUAGAAAGUAAACGAAAUCUUUUAGGCGACAAUCCUGAAUGGUUCGGAUUGGCACCUAGAUUGGCUGCAAUAGAUACGCAGGAAUUUCUCACAUUAGAGUGUGAAUGGCAGAUGGGCUUAUCGAGAACGCGAGCGAAUUCCUCGUUCAUUGGUUCAGAGUUAGAGAACAGCCUUCUGAAGGAAGAUGUGGAUAACGAAGACUCUACCAAUACUACGACAAGUCCGUCGUGGGUGCGUUGGUUGCUAGGAUUUGGACCUCUACGAAGGACAUUGGAAUAUGUGGCUGAUAUGGACUUUGGGGACGAUGCAAAACCUAGACGAGUGGUCAAAAUCUAUCGCCUGCUCGGUGUGAAAGCUACAAGUCCUUCGGAACUGUUUUCUGUUAAGAUCGAAAAUGGCGAAUACGAGGAAGCCCUGUCACUAGCGGCCCGUUACGACCUCGAUCCCGAUCCCGUAUUCCAGCGUCAAUGGCAUCGAGCGGAACCGUGUAAAGCAAAUAUUGACGCCUACUUGCAUCGUGUCUCCGACCGCCAGUGGGUUCUUAACGAAUGUUUGAACCAAUUACCAAGUGAUGCGGUGUCCUGUCGUGAGUUGUUUCUGUACGGCAUUCGCAUUACCAAUGUGUUUUUCGUUGCCGGAACUAAACGCGAAGAUAUAGCGGAUAAGGACAUCGCUGCAGAGGAGGCCAUGAGAAAAAAGAUCAUUCGGGACGUUCUACGACCCGAACGUUUGACCCAGUACCAGAAGUGGAUAUUAGAGUGCCGCAGGAAACUGCUUAUCUAUCUAGAAGCCCUAAAAAUAUACGAGUCUUUCAACAACACGUUUUCGAGUACUGAGUUUGGCUGGUUUCGUGAGCAAAGUGUACUGUCGGUUGCCAUUCACUAUGCGCGAGACGGCAAAGCUGAUCCCGUUUUCGAACUACUAAUUCAAUACAGUAAUCAGCUGGCACAUCAUUGGCUACCCUUGCUUACCCAAUUUCCAGAAACAAUCAGUCCUGAUAUUUACGCCAAGAUCUUGCCAUACGCCAGUUCCAAACCUCCAUACUCGAUUCGAAAAUGGCAACCAGGUGAUAGUGGCUCGGAACCUGACUGGGCAGAGAACCUCGUUCCCUGUCCCUUCGUAGAAGAAUGGGAGUCGACGGAGCGCGAAUUCUACGAGGAGAAUCCCGAAACUGUGCAAUGGCAAUGUGCCCCAGGAAAACAACCAAAUUAUGAGAUGGUUUCUCAAUGGUAUCUAAGCCGGGCAAAAAUGAUUGAAGAGUUUACGAUGCUUACUGAAAAUGCGUUGGAUCUUGUCCGUUUGGCUUGUCAGAAGCUACACCCCAAAGGAGACUUGGAAAAGCAGCUUACCCAGCUGAAAGAUAACCUCACCUCUGUUAAGAUGAUGGCAUUCGAUUGCGGAAUGGAAUUUGUGACGCUUCGUGAUAUUGAAAAUAAAAGCUUUGCGGAACAAUUACACUUAAUUAUGGCUAAUGCAAAUGAUUCAUCUUAUAGCACGUGUUUUCGUGAAUGGUUGUUGCCAUUCAUUGAACGCUGCGAGCGAUCGUGCCCGGGAGCAAAGCUAGAGCUUCUCAAAGGCCAUCUGACCGAGCAGGCAGCCCACAAUAUGGACAGGGUACUUAGGGUUUGGGAUUUCCUUACAGCUGCGGAUGGUGUAUUCGUUACACACUCAGUCAUUGGAGAUCUUGAUCAUCGGGUGGAGAUUGCUUUGGCGUGCAUUGAGGCGUCCCGUGAACACGAACAACUGCAACUGUGUCACAAACUACUUUCACUGUUGCCCACUCGUCCGAGGUCUGCCACGAAUCAGAUCAACUCGUUGUAUGAUCGACUUGGAAAACUCAGCAACCGAGUUGAUACCGCUCAGUUCUUUGGCGAGUAUGGAACUGAAUUAAACUUAGCACAGGUGGCCGAAAUCGAACAAGACGGUGAAGCAAUACAUGAUAUUCUAGGGAAAAUGUUUCGCCGCCUAUCAAAAAAAUCACCUUGUCUUGAUCAUCAGGAUUGGAUUUGCGUCGCUAAAAACUGUCACGGUUUUUUGAAAAAAGUUUUGCCAGCUCUCGAUUUGGAUCGUUGUUUCGAGCUAAUGUGUCAGGCCCUCCUUAGUUCAACGAAUCACGACAACAUACAUAUUGCAAAAGGUCUGAUGAAUAUCAAAACAACAAUUUCUGCUCAGCAUCAGCAGCAAACGGAUGACACCUUGAUGUUUCCGUAUCGACUUUCGCCUACCAUUUCGCAUCGCCUGGUCCUACACGCUGCAUGUGAUUACGUCGAUUCGGCAACGUCCUCCAACGAUCCCAGCGUAUCUCUAGCUACGGCCUGUCUCUCUUUAAUAGGUGAUACGGACCUUAAGGAUCUAGGUGAAGACAUAAAGCGUGAGGUACAGAAAGAACUCGACCUCAUACAAGCCCUUCCGCUUUUGAGUAAACUCGGCGUACAAAGUCUUCCAAUAUAUAUACGAUCUGCUGACAAGAUGAAGUUGAUUCAGGAGGCUCUUGUUUGCAACAAGACAAACUAUAGAAGUUUCAAUAAGAUAAACCAGCUGGCACAGUAUCUUGGUGUCUACAAGGAAGAGGGUCCGACGGCUGUGGGUACCAUUUUGUCGAUGGUUGCUGAAAUCGCCCAACGAGAAGGCGACCUUAACACUGCUCUUUCGUUGUGCCAACGCAUCGUGCAUGGGGAACACGUUAGUGGCUGGAAAGCGUGUGCUCGACUAGCUAGCUGUGACGAUUUAAAAAGAUUCGACGAACGGCAAAAACUGAUUGACUUCUGUGUGGUUCACGCUCCAUCUCAACAUCUAUAUAAACUUAUCGAACAGAAGAACAAUAUACAACAUCAGCAAUAUUAUCAUUCGCUGGAGCAGAAAUAUAACUCACGACAAGAGAUUUCCCUUUCUUCAUUCCCGGCGGACGCCGUCGACACCGCUAAGCAAUUUGUCAGUAAGGUAAUUCCCAUUGUAGCCCAAACAGUAAAAGGCGCUGUGAAAGUUGUCGGACCUUCUAACUCCCCGCUAGAAGACUCUACACUAAAAAAUAACAAACAAGCUUACACAGAAAGGGAAACGUUGACGAAGUGGAGCGUACCAGCUUUCUAUUCUGGUUUGUGGGGCGAGGAAACCUUACAUUCACGGUUAAGUUCUGAUUUCCACGCCAUCAAGUACACCGAAGAUAUUUUUGAAGAGUCCAGCAUUUCCAGUAGAACUUACUCGCUGCCUCAGUUGGCUACGGUAAUGCAUUUCGCUGCAGUUAAUGACCGGAUCAAUGGGACGAAGUCCGUCAUGUCUAUAAACGAUGACAUGCUACUUUCGUUAGCCAGCGAAUACCUCGCAGACGAUGUUCUAUUGGCUUUAGGACACUUGUUGCAGCUGCGCGAUGUGCGGCGUGCCGAGGAGCUUUUUUUGCAACAGUUGCCCUAUACUCGGCACUGCCUUCAACUAGGGGGAUAUACGUUUGCACUUGCAACAAUCAGUCGGGAAACUCAGGAGGGUCACAUCAAAGGCGAUGUGUUCGUGAAAAUGUCUAGAGACGAGCUUAUUAAACAUAUAGAAUCACUGGAGUGUCAUUCGGAAGAUACGGAGUCACUGCGCGUUCUAGUAAGCAAAUUCCAUCAGUUGGAGGCUGAUCUGUGCCGAGCAGAGUUGGUGCAGCAGCAAAGUGGAGGGACAGUUGAUGUCGGGCGUUUCGGUCACGAUGAACAGUACAAACGAGAUACCAUACUUGGAAUGGCGUUAUGCGAGGAUUUGGAAACACUUCGCGUAGCUUUGAAUCUUGCUCGUCAUUAUGACGUGCCUGAAUUCGACGUGUGCCUUGGCCAUCUCGAGCACCUUUUCCGUUCUGCGACUGACCCUUCAGCAAUUGAGGCACGCCUUCAAGAGGAAAUUAUCGAAAAGCACCUUAAGGAAGACAAAUCGGCUUUGUGGCAUACAUUACGCCAGAAGAUCUAUCCAGUUCUACGUGGAACGAACUACGAUGUUUUAAAAGUGUAUUACCAUCUACUGUUAAGCUGCUCCCAACGAGAGUCAGAUAAAAAGCGAAUUGAAGCCUACAUGAUGCUUCUAGAAACUGUUAACAAGAAGCUGGAUGGUGUUGACUUCAAGCGUCUAAUUAGCAGCAAUACUGAGGAGCAACGGGCAAGUCUGUUGGAGGUAAUUGACGAGAUGAACAUAGACGAAGUGAUAAGAGUGUGCGGCCGAUUCAAGUCAUUGCUACAUUCAAUUAGUCGUUCAACAGUUCUGCAACUUUAUCUCAAAAACGAGUUCAUCGCUGCCGGUGAUCGUUCUCGUACGGAGCUUAAGGAUCUCUUUAAAAAGCAUCUUAAACACAUCCGAUACCUGGAUCCUGACGACGUACUCGACUUUAUUAUAGGUGUUUGUUUUGACCCGUUUGUUGCCGCUUACAAAUUGAAUCGAGGUUAUCGUCUUGAAAUUCUCAAAUCGUUUUUGGCUUUCACUAAAAGCAUGGCCAAAAAAGCUGCUGAAUCAUCUGCUGGGCCGGUCUCUCCUUCUCGCAGUUCAUCAGAGCCUGUCACCGUCAGUACGGAUCGGUCUGAUCAGCGAGUCCCUAUAAACAGCUGGGAAGAGCUUCAGACACGUCUUGCAGGGUUCCUACAGCAUCUACAGAAAAUCGAGGAUGGCUUCGUCAACGAACUGCUUAACACAGCUGAGAACCCUCGACUGGCUGCUUACGUCGAUAUGUUUGAGAUGACGGCUGGCGAGAAAAUUAAAUUGGAAGAGCUCCUGAUGCACUGCGCGCUCCAAGAGUGUGAUCCAGGUUUACUCGAAUGCUUGCUGUCUAUCUGUCCGUCAGCUGCUAUCAAUUACUCCCCUUCUGAGAUCUUCUUAAGAGCUACGCGACUUGUUGUGGACAGACUAGUAAAGGAGGCCACUUCAACCGCAACAGUAACCGCCGAUAACCACCAAAAUCAUGAUAGCAGUCUACCGAAAAGGGAUCCUAUUCAGUUAGCAUUUCAGACAAGGAAACCCAUCUCAAUUAUGCGACGACUUUUAAAGACAGGCGCCAAACUUAGCAGCAACAAAAAUUCAUUCGAUCGGGCCGUAGUCGAACUCGUCCGGCCGUUCUGUCUUGACAAAGCGGUAACUCUGUCUUCUCGACUGGAGGUUCUACGCUUGCUCAAGGAGUGUGUAUGUAUGGUUAAACCAGAAGAUGAGGCAAUACGUCUUCACCUCGAAACCUUGGCUCUACUGCAAGAACAAUGGUCAGAUAUCAGCGUGGAAUCCGAAGAGACCGCGAGCGCUGGAGGUCGUCUAGCACUGUUUUCAAGGCUGCUCGAUGCCGCUGAGAAUUCUGAACAGUUUGACACGCUCGCAAGUCUUCUCCAAUACUGGCCAGCCUUUGACGAAUGCGUCCUGUCGCCUUGGUUAUCACUGCUGUUAAAAAUGCCCAGCUUGGCCUCGGCGUCAGGUGCGACCUUCCUAAAUUUGGUUGAAAUUGCGCGAAAAUACCACCCUUUCACCAUCGACGACAUUUACCAACUGGAGCAUGCAUGGGCAGAUAGAUUAACACCUACGGAGAAAGCCCUCUUCCUGCUAGAAUCGGACGAGACCGAAUGUCAUAGCAGGGCACUGGAUAUUGUGCACGACCUUAAACCUGGGGAAAUUACCGAUGGAAUGCGAGAUCGUUUACUGAAACUAGGCCUUACUCCUGAUUUCGUAGAUGGUCCGCAUUAUGCCGGUCUUUUGGAUCGACUCGUCCAAAAACCCGAUUUCGAGGCCGUCGCUGAGAGUACGGUAGACUCACUCGCCGCUGCCGGCAUGAUACCUGAAGCCGCCUCUCUUGUAGCAUUGACUGAUAUGCUACCAAGCGCCUUGCAGUCAUUUACUGGCGCCCUAUCUUUGCUGGCUUGGAAACGAGGUGGCUAUCCUGAGAAACGGACCUCUACGCCGUCCUCAGAUGCCAACAAGCAGGCUGAAAUUUCUAGUAAAGGUGCCACUGACAUGGCCAUACACUGACACCUGUUCGCCUAUCAAUUUUCCAGAUCGCUUAUAAGUUAUCCCACAAAAUGGGACUGCGAUCUAUUUACUUGUAACAAUAUGGAUCAGCUUAAGGGUGCUGCACUGUAAUUUUAAAAGAUUCCGGGAUGAGGCAGCAAUUCAAGGCAAAAUAAAACGUAUCUGGAAAGUUCACAAUGAAAAUAUUCUACUAGAUUUAAGAUUAUUGCGGUUGAUAACGCAUUCUCAUAGACUUGCGUUUUUCUGUUGGUUUAGACCCGAACGGUUUCUACUGACAAAUAUGAUGGGCACCAAACUAUACUAAAUUUAGGUACUUUUAUAAUGCAGGCGGUGUUGCAUCCUACGGAGUGCAGCUGUAAACAUAGUAAAAAGAACACUAUAACACAGUUUAGAAAAACGUCUUAAUAAAUACCGAGGUCAAAGUAUGUCUAUUCAUAGCAGGUAUGCGAUACAAACGCUGUUCGAUUAUACACCGUAAUUACUCUGACUAGUAUCAAUAAAGAAUCAAAUAUUAUUAAAUCAACAUACAUUAACUGUAGCUAUUUAGUAAUAUGAAAUUAGAUUAAGCAAAACGUACGUAGCGUUCAUAGGAAAAUAUCUACCGCAGUAAUGAAUAUAGAUGAAUACCGAAUUUAUUCAUUUUCACUUUACUUAUUUUCCAGCACCGAUUACACUUAAUCAUUUGAGGGAGUGAUUUUUUGUAAUUAUAUGCGAGUGUUGAGCUGCGUUCUAGAGACGUUGUCUGCUGGAACCCACGUGUCAUGGUUAUGUGCCUUUUGAAUCCCAAUAUUAGGCUUCAUCGUUUACAAGAAACAGAGACAAAUGCAUCGAGGUAUAAAGUAUAUCAAAACAGACCUAGAGGAGCGAGAGCAAAAUUAAAAGCGAAAUUGCGCAACCUGAAUAGAAAUUCACUUUACAUACUAUCAGGAUUUUGAAUUUAGGCCACGAUGUCGACUCUCGAUAGCCAAUGGCUUAUAGAGAAAAAUGCGUAGGUAACAAACUUAUUUAGCGAAAAUACACCUCAUAGCUUAUUAAUCCUUAUUACAUAUCAAAUUUAUAUUAACUAUAACAUCAAGUACAUGUUUGAGCUAUAUGGAUUUGUAUGUCAUAAAUAGCUGGAGACAAAGUCGAGAAGCUAGAUAUAUAGUAUAAUAAAUAAAAGAUAAUUUCGGCUGUUCUUGAUAAUUAUAACCAUGCUCUUAGCAUUACCUUUAAUUAAGUGUUACAACAGGAGUCGACAGCUUUCGUUAAAUAGACUUCGAACUGCAGAUCAUACGCCACCGCACAGCCCGUGUAAUCGAAAGUAAACGAACAAUGAUUCAGAUCGAACUGAUCGUUUGUCUUUUAGUCAAGAACACGGCAAGUAACAAAACCAAAGUAUUCGUUUAUCGCUGUUGUCCUAUUCGGAGUAAUUCUGUGUGGUAGGUAGCAGUUACUCUGCUUACGCUUUUCUAAUAAACGAAUGCCACGUUACGCAUCCUUGUGUUCUAUAUCAGUUUUUUUUUUCACAGAGAAUUCAAUGUUUCGUUGACUAACGCUCUCCGCUGUCCUAUAUUUACAGCGGAACAGUAAAAAGCAUUGCGGCAUAUAAACUUGUGUGAUGAGAAAACAAUAACGUUACGAAAAGCCCGCCUUGGACUUGGAAAUCCUUGAUGACGAUAAUGACUCAAAAACCCAGUUGAAGUUUUACUGAAUCCAGUUUAUUUUGGUAUACUUUGCUCCUUUGGAGUAAAAGGUCUCGACUUGUUAAUAUAUUUAUUGAAUCCAAUUUAUUUUGGGUAUAUUUUGUUCGUUUGGAGUAAAAGGCUUGGACUUAUUAUUAGUAUAUUUAUUGAAUCCGGUUUAUUUUGGGUAUAUUUUGCUCCUUUGGAGUAAAAGGCUUGGAUUUAUUAAUAUAUUUAUUGAAUCCAAUUUAUUUUGGGUAUAUUUUGCUCAUUUGGAGUGAAAGGCUUGGACUUAUUAAUACAUUUAUUAUUAACGUAUUUCCCGUUCAUUAACAGUGGUGUCUUAAAAAAUUUUGUACGUUAAUUACGAAAACACCUUUAGUAGUUCUUUGUAAAUUUCACCUUUCAUGGAGCCAGUCGAAACUCGAAAUAAAAAAUCUGAAUAAAUGUAGUAGGAAAAAUACAGAAGUCGGCUAAUAGUAUAAGAUAGAAAUGAAAACAAUUGCAUACGUCUUUUGCCUCAUACGAGGGGGGUCUUUUUUUUUAUUUACAUUCUUACAAAGGGUUUUUGUCUUAUGCAUCGUUUAAUUUCUACCAUAUCCGCCAAACUUCCAGACCAGAAAUAUUGUCAUACAUCAAUAUCAUAAAUUUAUUUCUCACAGAACCGCCAUUCACGUUAAAAUUUUUAAGUAAUUUAUAUGAAGUCAUUUAUUUGGUUUUCUGUCUAACUGGCCGGGUUGUUCCCAUGCGCUCAAGAACGACACCGAACCAAUGACAG